UAUUGGUAUGCACUUUGAUGUUGUCAUUGUGCCACUAACAUCUACGUCAUUUACCUAGCAUAAGAUCUAUUUGCCCUUGCUAACUGUCUGCUUAAUCCUGCUUAUCUUGUGGUUAUCUGGCGCAGAUUUUGUUGGUCUACUAUCCGCAAAGAGUGAGUUGAUUCCUUUUGAAAAUAGAAAUCGGAAGUCACAUUACAUGAAAAUCGAGCUUGAUGAUCUAAGAUGUUAUGACUAUAACCAACACAAACUACACCACAAGGCUCAUGGUUAAUGCUGACCUUGAAGUGGUUAAGAAAUUCCGUCAAAAGCUGAUUCGACUUGGUAGCAAGCACAGCACCAGCGUUGAAGUUAUAAGCCGGGUAGUGAGGCAUUCUCCAUCUGAAGAUUUUCUCAGCCUUACCCCUUAUGCUACCAUACAUCAAAUAAAGGAAACUCUUAAGAAAUCAACCUUUGUGACAUUUGGAACGGUCAUUGACAUUGACAGGGAUCAUGCAUGGUGGUACAAGGCUUGCAGGCAAUGCACACAGGGACUGGAGGCACUUACUGACCAAUUUUAUUGUGCAAAAUGUGAUGUUUACUCUACAGUUUUUGCCCCCAGGUUCUGCAUUCAGGUUCGUGUUGGUGAUGACUCAGAUACCGCAACUUUUGUUCUAUUUGAGAAUUGUGCAUCAAAGUUCUUAGGCCUAACUGCCGCUGAGAUCCGCACCAGAUUGCUUGCUAGGGGAUAUGGAAGAGAGCAUUUCCCAGAUGAGCUUAAUGCACUGAUUGGGAGGACACUUCUAUUCAAGCUUACUGUUAGGCAUGAUAGCUUAAAUAAAUUUCAGCUGUGCGUGAUUACCGUUUCAAGAAUAUGUUCUGACCCAGAGAUUAUCUCCUCACUUGCUUUAGACAAGAACAUUAAAUUGGUAUGUGUCGUUGAGUGCUCCACAGAGGACUUUCAAUUACCAUUGCUUAUUCAAAUGUUGUUGCUUUUUGUAUUCCUUAACACUUUACAAUCAAAACAUCAUCUGUUCCAGGAUGCACUGCAGAAUUUGACCAAGGGUGCGGUUGUUCGAAGCGGUGACUUGGUUGGGUCUGGGAGCAUACUCGGUAUCCCUGGUUCAACCACCACUCCGAGUCCGAAUUCUGCUGCAGUUCCUGGUCACGGGGCUGGCCACGUGGUUACAUAUACUCCUGUUAAGCGGGUUUGCAUUAGAUCCGGUGACGACUUCUCAUCACAUGCCACACCCUCUGCCUCCAAGAGUCUUCUCCCUGCGUUUGAGAGCUGCGUCCCAAGGAAUGCCACCGACCCUGAUGCAGGGGACAUAUGAGGCCCUCAUCCUUCCGUACCAGAGCGUCUAAAAUAAAAACAGCAAAACCCUAACUGCUUAGCGUUUAAUAAACCGCUCUGACUCUUUCGUUAUAUCAACAUGAUAUCAACUUAAUUUACGUUCUAACUGUUGCAUUCCAAUUUGUUUUUUUUCCACCAUCACACUAGCAAUGUGACUCAGACGUUGACAUGCUGAUCCAUUAUGACAUUGUCAUCAUUGUGGUUUACUUUGGUCGAUCAUGGUGUUAUAUAUAAUGGCAGAUCUCGGCUGGGUUUCUUGCCUCGUCCCAAGGUUGCUGCCGCGCUUUGCCGCUUCCUUUGGUUUAUCGGAUGUUGUCUUUAUGAUUCCAUUAGGAUUUGUAAUGCCAUUCAUGUUUCAUGUCACUACUUUGCUUGGUAAUCAAAAUCUUAUUGGUGUGUUUAACAUGUUAUGCCUUCUGUCUUUUUCCCUCACCAACUCUUUCUGUCCACUCCUAUUAUUGCAACCUGCUCAUUGUGUGUCGUUAAACAUGGAAUUACACCUGCUGGAUAUGCUUAUUGACACUGCUUUAUUAUGCCAUUGGGGGAGCGGGUGUGUCUUUCAACUGGGUUUGCCAAGUAAUUUGCCUUUACUUUCUGCUGCGUUAGGAAAAAAGGGAUUGCCUUAAAUAGAAUGCCAGACGCCAACAAAUUCACCUGUCUUGAAUAAGUGGGUGAUCUUUGAAUAGCAUCCUCAUUUAUUCCAAUAUUGUUUAUGCACAUUGUAUGCCUCCACGUGGGAGGAUUGUUUGCAUUCUUCAUCCUUCCAUGGGUUAACUAGAACAAGAUGUUUGAACUUCUAUUUAUGCCAACAUAAACAACUCUUAUUUAUGGAGUAGCAUACAAAUUGUAUUGUAAUUAAGCACUAAAAAACAAUAAAAAAAUAUAUUUACCCAAAUGCACCAAGGAACUCUGCAUGCAUCAGGAGUUCGUAUUCUCCCCGAACAAUGCAGAUUCCACGCUAUUGCUUUUGAGCCUGUAGAAUGAGUUCCAAUGCCCGUUUUGGAUAUUAAGUUAAACCAUAUUGCUCGACUUCUUUUAUCUUCUACAAUAUGUUUGUGUACUUAUAAUAUUACCCCUAAAUC